AUGACAGCGGCUCCGGCGUCUCCGCAGCAGAUCAGGGACCGGCUGCUGCAGGCCAUCGACGCCCAGAGCAACAUCCGGAACAUGGUGGCGGUGCUGGAAGUCAUCUCCAGUCUGGAGAAAUACCCCAUCACCAAAGAGGCACUGGAGGAGACACGGCUGGGGAAGCUCAUCAACGACGUCCGCAAGAAGACCAAGAACGAGGAGCUCGCCAAGCGGGCCAAGAAGCUGCUGCGGAGCUGGCAGAAGCUCAUCGAGCCUGUGCACCAGGGCGAGCCGGCGCUGCGGGGACUGCCUGGUGCUGCUGGCUCUGCCAAUGGGGGUGCUCACAACUGCCGACCAGAGGCCGGGGCAGCCCCUGGGCCUCGGAGCAUCCAUGACCUGAAGAGCCGCAAUGACAUCCAGAGGCUGCCUGGGCAGCGGGUGGACAGGCCAGGCAGCCGCAAGCGCCGGGGGGACCAGCGUGACCUUGGCCACCCUGGACCACCGCCCAAGGCCGCCAAGGCCAGCCAUGAGCCCCUGGCCCCCAACUCAUCCCCCCUGCCUACCAAUGGGAUCAGUGGGAGCCCGGAGAGCUUCACUGGUCCCCUGGAUGGCAGUGGGCAUGUGGGUCCUGAGGGCAGCCGCCUGGAGCCUAGUGAGAAUGAUAAGCACAGCACCUGGAUCCCAGUCAACGCUGUGAGACCGCACACCAGCUCGCCGGGCCUGGGAGCCAAGGCCGCCUCACUGCAGCCACUGGACAGGGUGGAUGAGACCCCAGGGCCUCCCCACCCUAGGGGCCCUCCUCGCUGUUCCUUUAGCCCUCGGAACUCACGGCACGAGGGCCCCUUUUCCAGGCAGCGGAGCCCAUAUGUGCCCAAGGGCUCAGCGCCCAGCACCUCACCACGGCCCCCAUCGCUGGAGGCCACACAGGCGCCUUCACCGCUCCCACUGGCCCAGCCCCCCACACCCCCCGUCCGGCGGCUGGAGCUGCUGCCUAGUGCAGAGAGCACAGGGCGCUGGCCUGACCAGGCUGAGGGCCACCAGAGGCUGGCCGGGCCUGGUUGCAAGGCAGGGGUGCCGUCAGCUGAGCCACUGCUGCUGUUACCGCGGGCAGGCCGAUCCCCGGACUCUUCCAGGGCGGACAGUGAUGCUGCCUCCUCGGGUGGCUCAGAGAGCAGGAAGAAGAAGCGGUAUCGUCCACGUGAUUACACAGUGAACUUAGAUGGGCAGGGGGCUGAGGCGGGGGUCAAGCCUGUGCGGUUAAAAGAGCGCAAGCUCACCUUUGACCCCAUGACAAGACAGAUCAAACCCCUGACUCAGAAGGAACCUGUGCAGGCUGAGAGCCCCAUGAGCACCGAGCCACCUCGGACAGAGUUGGAUGCACAGGAGCCCAAGGGUGGCCUGCAGAGCCCCUUCGAGCAAACGAACUGGAAGGAGCUGUCACGCAAUGAGAUGAUCCAGUCCUACCUGAGCCGGCAGAGCAGCCUGCUUUCGUCGUCGGGUGCACAGACGCCAGGCGCGCACCACUUCAUGUCGGAGUACCUGCGGCAGGAGGAGAGUGCCAAGCGGCACGGAGCCCGCGAGACGCACGUACUGGCACCUCACAGCCCACCUGCGGACCUGCCAGGGUGCACGCGUGAGGUCACGCAGGAUGACCUGGAGCGCAUCCAGGCCCAUCAGUGGCCAGGCGUGAACGGGUGUUACGACACACAGGGUACCUGGUAUGAUUGGACGCAGUGCAUAGCACUCGACCCACAUGGUGACGAUGGGCGCCUGAACAUUCUGCCUUACGUCUGCUUGGACUGA